AUGAACUCUUACUUAGAUUAUACCAUUUGUAACAGGGGGACUAACAUAUUCAAUGCCAAUGCCGGACACCACAAUUUAAACCAUGGAUACAGGUCCUCCUUAUCUUCCAAUUCAUGCUCAACAAGUGAUAGUUUUGUGUCCGAUGGGCGGUUAGUUGGUGGUUCUUCGGUGCACCAGACUUCGAGCCACCCUCUCCACCAGUCCCAGCUACAUCAUAUAGAUCUCCAGUUUGGCUCAACGGGAAACUCGGUGUAUGGCUCGCCAACAGGGCCAAACUUGGAUUAUGGACCUCAUCAAUACGCUCUAAUUCAUGAACAAGAACGAGGUUUCAUUCAGUCGCCUGGGAUUCCUGUGUCAGCCAUUGGAACGAACAUGCCCCCCCUGGCCGAAGGGAACAGUGAACCCCUGGCCGAAGGGAACAGUGAGCCAGGGUCUGCACCAAGCAGCCAGUAUCUGCACUUUUGCAGUGGAGAACAGGGGCAACCAGAAUACUUGGAGAGUAUUUACUCGAGAUUAGUUCCUUUCCAAUAUAGUGAUAAGGAUUCGGAUGAUUUCAAUGCAGAUUUAACUUCAAAAACUUUCGACUGGAUGAAAGUUAAGAGGAAUCCCCCUAAAACAGUUUCAGAGUAUGGAGUCGCCGGUCAACAGAAUGUAAUCCGUACCAACUUCAACACAAAGCAGCUGACAGAGCUCGAGAAGGAGUUCCAUUUCAACAAGUACCUGACCAGGGCCCGGCGAGUGGAAGUUGCCGCUAUUCUCGAGCUCAACGAAACUCAAGUGAAAAUUUGGUUCCAAAACCGCAGGAUGAAGCAGAAAAAGCGUGAGAAAGCAGGAACCGUCUUUCGAAACACAGCAGUACCGGCAAAUGAUUUGGGAGAGAUCACCUCAUCUCCUGAUGUGUCGCCAAGCUCGAAGACCGCAUAAAGCAAUCGUUUUACAAAUAACAUUUGAAUUACCGCACUCAUGGUGCUGCACUUUACUUGUCACAUGUUCAAGGAUACUGCAGGUUUACAGGGUUUAGGUGCACUAAUUUCUGCAAACAAUUUAGUU